ACAUUCUCUUUUUCUGCGACAUUUUAGUGGAAAGAAAAAAAUCAGAGAAUGAAAUUAGUUUUCAUAAUUUUGUGUCUAUGGCAAGUUGUCCUUCAUCGUGUGACCUAUGCCAAGUUCCAGGGCUAUGACUAUCCCAAGCCUAUUCGAGUUUUUGAGGAAAAUUCUACUACCCAAUCUGGACCUCCUCCUGGGGUCCAAGGUGAUUUCAUCGACGACUUGGUUACUGAACAUAAACAGCAGAUUUUGAGUUCAAUUUUGGGUGAAUCGAUUGCUCAAAACUUACCUUUCGCUGGGGACGGCAAAUCAUUCAGUGUUAAUAAGUGUGCGAGUUGUAAUUGUGGUGUUCCCAAUGUCAAUCGCAUCGUUGGUGGCACAAAGGUGCGCACCAAUAAAUAUCCAUGGAUUGCCCAAAUGUUGCGUGGCUCCUUUCAGUUUUGUGGUGCCACCUUAAUCAACGAUCGCUAUGCUCUCACCGCUGCCCAUUGUGUGCAUGGUAUGGAUAUGAAAGGAAUUACCAUACGUCUGCUGCAAUUGGAUAAAAAUGCUGCCUCCGAAGGAAUUUUACGUCGUGUCACCGCCGUUAAUAUGCAUCGGCAAUAUAGUACCACAACGUUGCAACAUGAUAUAGCUCUGCUAAAGUUGGAUCAACCGGUGCCCUUGAGAGAUCCCAUUAGACCCAUAUGCCUGCCGGUGGGGACCAACCAUAAUUUUGACUUUAAACCAGCCAUUGUGGCGGGUUGGGGUUUAACCUCAGAUGGAGGUUCUUCCUCGAGCUAUUUGCGAGAAGUCACAGUGCCGGUACUCACCAAUGCCCAGUGUAAGGCUACCUCAUAUCAAUCCAUGAUUGUGGAGACUAUGUUGUGUGCUGGCUAUUUGGAGGGGGGCAAAGAUGCUUGUCAGGGUGACAGUGGUGGCCCUUUGAUAGUUCGCGAAAGUAAUUUCUUCCGCUUAGCUGGUGUGGUGUCCUUUGGUUAUGGCUGUGCCAGUCCCGAUGCCCCUGGAGUUUAUACACGUGUCAGCAAAUAUUUGGAUUGGAUUGCGGCCAACACACGUGAUGCCUGUUACUGUGUCAGAUAGAGAUGCUGGAGAAGGGGAGAUAGAGAUAGAGAGAGGGGGAGAGAAGCUGCAAUGAUGAAGGAAGGACAUUAAUUUAUUUUUAAAGUUUAUUUAUAAUUUUUUCAAAAAAAAAAUAAAAUAUGGUCAUAGUUUAUGCUGCUAAA